AUGUCGCUCGUCCUCGACAAUAGGACCGUCGCGCGACAACCGUCGAGCACGGCCACGACCGUUCCACUGGGCGCGACCGCCAGCGGAGAGCCGGACGACUGUCCGUCGUGCACGUCCCUAGCGCCGAAAGGCGCAGGCGGUCGACGACCACACGACCGUCGCACGUCGUCGGCCACUGCGCCGAUGCGACGCGAGCGGCAGAGUCCCUAUUGGCACGAGCUGGACAAGCUCAUGGUGCAGUUCAAAGGUCUGUACGUCGUGCGCGGCCCGACCGAGUCGAAGCACGUGCGCUACACGAUGGACAUUGCCGUGGCCGAGCUGCAGCUGCACGGACGCUGCAUCCAGCGCUUCCGCAGCUUUUUCUUCCUGCGGAAGCGUCUACUGGAGGUACUCAAGACCUGUCGCGGGCGGCGCGUGGCGCGUACGAACACGUCGCUGAAGGCCGACGGUGACGAGCCGCCGCACGGAUCGGCGGGGGUGGAGCUCAUGGAGCUCUUGGCGCGCCCUCGGUGCGCCCAGUGCGUCGAGUGCGCGGCGUCGUGUCACGCGCUCGCCGCGGUCAAGUUCCCCCGCCGGACGCUGCUGCCGCCGAGUCUCGAAGACGUCCACGCGCGAUCGCCGGUGCUCGAGUCGUUCUUAGAGUGCUGCGUCCGCAUUGCCACGACGGCGUCGACGUGUCACGGCACGAAGCGGUUGUUCACAAUGGCGUUGGGCAAGUUCCUCGGGGUGGACCUACGACGCGCGUGUCUCGGAACGCCAGACGAAGGGCACGACGUGUCGGUGACUCGAUCGGUUGGCAGUGUCGACACUGGCGAAGGUCGCGAGCAGCUGAGGGAGGCGGACGAGUCGUGCAACGACGUGGACCUGUUGUCGAAGGCGCGUGAAGCGGACGAAGACAAUGUGCAGUCGGACGGCGAACGGCGCUCGGACCCAAACUUUGCGUUCGUCUCCGACUUGGCAAAGGGCGACAAGACACCCGCAGUUAUGGUGCGCUCCAAGUCGCACUGUUGA